ACAACGCUCUCUGUACACUACUACGACGAUGGCUGCCCUCGCCUCUGUGCUGCCCGCUCCCCUGAAUGCCCCAGCCAUCGCGGACGACGAGGACGACGUCCAAGUCGGGCCUUCGCAGCCGCAAUCCCAGUCCACAUCCCUGAUCUCCACCCGGACAGUCAUCCCGCCAUAUGGACAGAGGAAGGGUUGGAAGCCCCAGAGCCAGGAGGACUUUGGCGAUGGAGGUGCAUAUCCCGAGUGCCAUGUCGCCCAGUAUCCGCUGCAGAUGGGCAAGAAGAAGACCGCCGCCGGGAACACCCUUGCUCUCCAAGUCGACGCCGAGGGCAACGUCCGCUACGACGCCAUCGUGCACCAGGGUCAGCGCGAGGGCAAAAAGGUGCAAUCGCAAUUCAAAGACCUCAUCCCGAUCGCCUACCGUAAAGACCUCGAGGACGCCGAAAAAGAAAUGGAGCGCCCCUCCGAGGACGAAGUGCAGGCCACGACGGAGCGCACGCGCGCCGCGCUCGAGAAGCUCGUCAACGGCAAGAUCAAGGCGGCCCAGCCGAAGAACGUGCCCGACGCGCAGGGCAAGACGAGCUUCAUCCGCUACACGCCCGGGCAGCAGGCGGGCGCAAACGGGCUGAAGCAGCGGAUUAUCAAGAUGAGCGAGGUCGUGGAGGACCCGCUCGAGCCACCGCGGUUCAAGCACAAGAAGAUCCCACGGGGCCCGCCGAGCCCCCCGCCGCCCGUGCUGCGCAGCCCGCCCCGCAAAGCCACCGCGCAGGAGCAGAAGGAGUGGAUGAUCCCGCCGUGCAUCUCGAACUGGAAGAACAACAAGGGGUACACCAUCCCUCUCGACAAGCGUCUCGCGGCCGAUGGGCGUGGUCUCCAGGAUGUACACAUCAACGACAACUUUGCCAAGCUCUCCGAGUCGCUCUACAUCGCGGACCGGCACGCGCGCGAGGAAGUCCGGCAACGCGCGCUCAUGCAGCAAAAGCUCGCGCAGAAGGAGAAGGAGCAAAAAGAGGAGAACCUGCGCCUGCUCGCGCAACGCGCGCGCGAGGAGCGGAGCGGCAUCGCGCCCGCACGACCCGCCGCCCAGAGCCAAGCGGCCAUGAAAUCCGGGCUCGCGGCGUACGGCAGCGACUCCGAAGGCGGCAGCGCCUCGGAGCGCGAGGAGCGCGAGGACGAGGAGGCGGCGCGGCUGCGCGACCAGAUGCGGCAGGAGAAGCGGCGGGAGCGCGAGCGCGAGCUGCGGAUGAACAACAUGGGCGCGGAGCAGCGCGCGAAGCACCUCGCGCGGAUGCAGAACCGCGAUAUCUCUGAGAAGAUCGCGCUCGGGCUGGCGAAGCCGAGCACGAGCAAGGAGAGCAUGCUCGACUCGCGGCUGUUUAACCAGGAGAGCUUGGCGGGGAGCUUUGCGGACGACGAGGCGUAUAAUCUGUAUGACCGCCCGCUGUUCCAUGGGAGCAGCGCGGCGGCGGCGAUUUAUAAGGCGCGGGGGAAUAUUGAGCAGGGGAAUGAGGAGUCGUUUGGGGGCGGGACGGAGGAGGGGAUCUCGAAGGCGCUGGAUAAUGAUCGGUUUGGGCUGGGGAGGGGGCGGUUUGAGGGCGCGGCGGAGCAGGAGGCGCGGGAGGGCCCGGUGCAGUUUGAGAAGGACACGACGGAUGUGUUUGGGCUGGAUAAGUUCUUGGACGAGGCGAAGAGCGGGAGGAAGCGGGGGCUGGAUACUGAGGCGGGUGGCUCGCGGAAACGACAGCAGGUUGAGAGGGCGGACGAGCGGGAUUGAGCUGUUUAUGCAUGCGGACUGUUUGUAUCGUUGUAGAUUACUAGCCUGGUAGGUUGUAUUGCAGUUAAUGCUUCCCUGGUGAUACUAUCCAAAAGUGUGGGUCAGACCAAGGUGAUAGAAAGUACUAAUGAUACAUUUCCUAUUCCUAUGCCAACAAUAAGCAAUACACACAAGCUAACGAAUCUACGAACAAGCGCUCCAGAAAGCGUGCUAAAGCUACAAGCUAUGCAACAUUCAUUUU